AUGGCUUCGACCUCGGAUAUCCAAGUGGCAUCUGUGGCUGCUGGAUUUACCAUUGGCUUUGGGUUCUUAACGGUCUGGAAGGCAAUUCAGCACACCUUGAGAAAUCGACGACCAUGGAAGAGCCAAUACAUUUAUAUGGUAUGGGGAGAGAUUAUUGCCAACCUCGGCAUCGGCAUUAUAGGAUGGGUUUUUCUUGAUGGCCUCAUAGGACCGACGUUACCCGUUUUGUUCUUCUUCUUGUUUCUCUGGGUAUUUGAGAUUCAGCUGCUCAUGCAAAUUAUUGUGAAUCGAAUUGCCAUUAUCGCCGAAGAUAGUAGCACUGUAUUCAGACUGAAAUGGGGUACGGCAGCCAUUAUUACCUGCAUCAACAUAGCCGUCUUCUGUAUCUGGAUUCCAGCCCAUACUGCUCCUCCAGUUAGCGAUCUAUAUGUUCGAAUCAACGAAAUUUGGGACCGCAUUUCGAAAAUUCUUAUUCUACUUGUCGAUGCUGGCCUAAACUAUUACUUUCUGCGUACCGUCAAGAGACGCCUCGUCAUGCAGCACGGCCUUAGCAAAUAUGCUCCUCUAGUCAGCUUCAAUGCUAAGCUGAUGGUGGUAUCUAUCCUCAUGGAUGCCAUGCUUAUCGGUCUCAUGUCAUUGCCGAAUCAAGUUGUCUACAUCCAGUUUCAUCCCGUAACUUACAUGGUCAAAUUGAACAUUGAGAUGUCCAUGGCUGAACUCAUCACGAAAUUGGCGAAGGGAGAAAACUCCGACAUGCAAAUGCCAUCCACAUCGGGCCACAGAACACAGGCCCGGGAAGAAGAAGAGCACGAUCACCAGCCACAGAAUUACAAGCUACAAUCCGUCAACAGAACACAGCCUAUCGGAGAAGACUUCUCAUCCAUUGACGACGACAUGGGUCAGUUUGAUGAAUCAAAGGCCGCCAGUACUCGUGGUAUCCUCGACAGAGGGAUUCAAGUGGAAACAGUCAUCAGUUCACGCAUUUCGCGCAAUUCCAGGAUCGGCAACAAUAGGGUAGCAGGGAUAAACCCAGGCUCAGAUGACGAACUCCCGCUAUCAUAUCCGGUCCGGUGA